AUGGUAAAGAGUCGUCUCAUUGGUGUGCUAUGUGGACGAAGGUCACGUCGCGUGCGUGAUGGAGCAAUGGGACAGGCCGAAACUGCUGGUGUUCAUCACGCAGUGGUCGUUAUCUUUCUCGAAUAUUUCGCCUGGGGUUUACUCACUGUUCCAGGUUUACCUUUAUUGCAGGUUUUGGCGGAUACGUUUCCAACGAAUAAAUUUUUGAUGAAUGGGCUUAUUCUCGGUGUCAAAGGUUUCCUGUCAUUUCUGAGUGCACCAUUGCUCGGUGCUGUAUCCGACAAAUGGGGUCGCAAACCGUUUCUACUACUCACC